AUCCUCGGCGGCAUGUCGACACUCGCGGCGUCGUACCUCGCCAAGGCGCGCGGGUCGAACGAGCCCGAGGCGUCGACGAUCCGCGCGCGCGAGCUCGAGUCGUAUAUCCGCGACCUGCAGGCGUUCGUGCUCGACCAUGGCCACCUCGCGGGGCCGGCGGUCGGGCCGGAGCACGAGGCGAUGAUCGCGCGCUACCGGCGGCGGUUCGAGGAGAUCAUGGGCCAC